GGACGACACUAGGAGAGAGAGAGACGCACAUGGGUAGCACAUGACCUUCCAACGGUCAUCUUCUUCCCCCUUUUCUUCUAUAAAACAGAGCAUGGACAUGAGGGGAAAGAUGAAGGGUAUGGGAGCUUCUCCAACAGUUGCAGCUUGCGUGAAAGGCUAAGGGAAAGACAAAGAAGCUUCUCCAACUGCUAUAACUCCUUGGGUUCGAAGGUUAUGGGGGGAUUUAGCGAAGGUUCCUCUACCUGUUCUGGAUCUGGAAGGCGACUCCACAGGUCCAAGCCACUGAAGAUUCUUUGCGAUUGCGGAGUUGAAGCUCCCCUUGUAGCAUCAGGGACACCAUACAGUCAUGGAAGAGUGUUUUAUGGUUGUGGAUUGUACAAGGUAUAUGGCAAGAAGCAGUGCAGAUUCUUUAAAUGGGUUGACGAAGUCGAUGGUCAUGCAGUGGAAGAUAGGGAAGACAAGGUUGUUCGGGCAUUGACAAGAAAAAUUGUGGAAAUGAGGAAGACACAAGGGCAAUUGCAAAUGUUUUUAGCAAUUGCCAUAUUUGCAUUGUUGUUUGUACUGUUCUUGUAUGUAACCAAGUAGGGGGAAAUGGGUUAUGGGAAAUAAUUGUAGCUUAAUCAAUGUAAAAAUUAUGUGUUGUGCCUUGUGAAAUAAUUGUAGCACGAAAAUUGUGAAAUAUAAGUUGGAGUCUCAUUCUGUGGAAAUUUGGUAGUGAGUUUGCUAUUAAA